AUGGCCAACAAGAAAUCGCCAGAUUACAAGACUCUUUUUCUGCAGGCGGAAAAGAGACGCGAAGAGGCUGAAGAGCGACACAAGCAGGAAGAAGAGCGGAGGAAGCAGGCUGAAGACCGGCAGAAGCAGGCUGAAGACCGACAGAAGCAACUUCAAGAGCUCAGCCGACCAACCACUUUUGUGGAAUUCUUACGCCAUUGCCAUGAACUGCUAUCCCGACCGCUGAGAGUCGAGACACCAUCUCGGUCGACAACCGGAAAAAUCCCCCUUCCCACGGGAAAACAUUGCCCAACACGAUUGGAAUACUGGGCUGACUGCUCAGCACUGCAGUCGGAGCUUUUCAGAUCCGUCUACAACUAUCUCCAGUUAACCCCCGGGGGGGCGCCUCAAUUGUUCUCAUCUUUGCCUGAGCUAGAAGGAUUAGGCCGUCGACUUGGUCGGAAGCCGAUGAGCAGCGAGCAAGAACUCGAGGCCUAUGAGCGCUUCGCCGUGGAAGAACAUGUCCAUGACAUAAUUACCGAGCUGUGCAAACUACCAGCUGCUCGCAACGAGUUCGGUCUCGGCGAUGAAAUCCAGUUCAGCAACCAUACGAAUUCCUUAAACGAGAACGAAGCUCCCGAAGCAGAUGCAAGCCAACCAUCAAGUGUACACCACCCAAGACCUGAUCAGUUCUGCAUCCACCGUGUCGACGAUCACACUACCACUCUCCUCACAUCUGUUGAGUAUAAGCCACCCCACAAGCUUUCUCUGGCCACCCUUCGCAUGGGGCUGCGACCAAUGGACCUAUGGAAGGAUAUGGUCAGAUCAAACAAAAUACCGACAAACCAAGCAGCCAAGCUGAGGUACAACGCCGAGCGACUUGUCUGCUCCGCUCUUGUCCAGGAGUAUCAUGUCAUGAUUCAGGAGGGGCUAGAGUACUCCUAUGUGACCAACGGGGUCGCUCGGGUGCUCCUCCGUGUUCCACAUGAUAAACCUGGCACGCUCUACUACUUUCUAUGUGAUCCAAAUAGCGAAGUGGAUAUGGAAAUGGAAGCUACCCUUGAAAACACUUCUGUCGCAAGAACACUGUCUUUGUGUUUGAUGGCAUUCCGCUCGCCUGUGCGAGGUCAGGAGUGGAGGAAUUCCGUACGACCAGACAUUCCUUUAUGGAAGACCAGUUUCGAUCACACUCGCUCUCGCAUUCCCGAAGACGAAUUCCGCCAACUUCCUCUCAACUCCGACAGUACCGCGCCCAAAUUUCCAAGCCCAGAUUCUGGUUCGACCUAUGAACCAUCGUCAUCACCGCCAGAGCCCCCGGAAUCAUUAUCACGUCAAGUGUCUUCUAAAUCUCGAGUUAGCUGUGCCCCAUCCGAUGUGAGGCAUCGCUUACACUCGUCACAAUCACCCGACACCGACUCAAAUCCGGCAACGCGCCGCAAACGAACCUUCAGUCAAGUUCCGUCAUCUCCAUCCGUCCAACGCGUGGCCCGACAAAGAGAGACAAUCGAUGGUAGGGGUCCAGACAGCCAGUCCCGCCACCGCGGCGCACAAUUCUGCACCCAGAAAUGUUUACUCGGGUUGCAGUCUGGCGGUCUUCUAGACGACUGUUGUCCAAAUGUGAUGCUACAUCGUCGAAGCAAGGAUGAUCAGCAGCAUCCGAUUACUUCAGAAGACUUGGUCCGUCUACUCAAAGCACAAUUGGACGAAAACAUUGACCGAUGCAAACCCCUCGGAGGGUGCGGGGCAUACGGCGCGCCGUUCAAACUUACUUGUAUCACAUACGGCUACACUGUCGUCGGAAAAGGCACCACAACUAGGCUGUGGCAAGAAGUCUCUCGCGAAGCGGAGGUAUACCGAAUUUUGCGUAAGGUACAAGGGUCCGCUGUUCCUGUUUUCUUGGGUACAAUCGACCUGGCAAAAAUUUAUUUCCUUCACGGUGCUGGAGAGAUUCGCCAUAUGCUCAGGGUUCACCAAUCGAACAAGGAAAUCAGAGCUUUGGGAAUCAUCCACGAAGACCUUCGACGUGAGAAUGUUCUUUGGAAUGAACAGCUUGGGCGGGCAAUGAUCAUCGACUUUCACCGCUCCACAUUGAAACGUCGACCGACUUUGCAGCAGCCGCGAGCCUCAAAACGACGACACCGUCAACCAGAGACAGUUGGUUCGAAACGUCUUCGUGUGACGUGA